CUAACCCGUGUUGUUCUAUUCUGCAUUUUCCCGAUUUCGGGACCAAUCUCUCCUCCCACCGCGUUUCGCCGCCUCUUUUCCCUUCCUCAUCACUGCGAAAACCGUCUGACAAUUCCUUGCGAUCGACAUCCUCAGCGUUUCAUCAGGCCGAUUGAUACUUUAAUUACAGUGACCUAAGGAUCGGUAUCGUUGCCGUGAUGCUGCGAAGGUGCUUUUGUGAGAUCUCUUCGCAUCAAGCCAUCUGUAGGAUACGACCGAUCUUGUCUCAGCAGACAUCAUUCUACCUUUCAUCAAGAAAACAGUUCUCAGGUGCUGCUAAGGAGAAUUCUUCACAGAAACCUGCUCCUGCGGAAAAUGAUUCGAAUUCUACAAGCUCUAUCUCAAAACUUGUCUUUGGAAGUAUGGCUGUUGGGGCUGUUGCAAUGGCAGCUUAUAAAGCUGACUUGCUGGGCAUUCAAGUGAUGGAGGAACGAGCUUCUCAUGAUGCCACUAUACUGAACGAGGCUAAAACUCCUAAAGACUUGGAGCAGUCAGUUGAUCAAGCCAUUGCUCCAAUUAACAGUGAACCAACCAUGUUGGAACCUGAAGUAGAUAUUGUUGACAAAAGUGAUGUACCUCAAAGCCAGGAAAUUGAGAUUAAAACAGAAGCAAUUGAUGUUUCAGUACCUGGAGAGGAAAUACUUCAUUUAAAAGAAAAUGAACCAGAAGAAGUUGAUUCUAAAGAACCAUCUGAAAAGAUUGUUUCAGUCACCAAUGAGCAAGUAUCUGUUACUGAGAAAUCACCUGAAGAUGCAAAGUUGGAUGACAUAUUGGCCCAAACAGAAGUGAGUGUGGAACAGACCAAGGUAAAUGGUACUUCAGAAGAAACUGUAGGAUUAGAAAAUGUACAAGUCUCUGAAGAAGCUGGUUUAAUGGAAGUUCCUCCAAAGAUGGUAGAGCUAGAUUAUGCAGAUGCUGAGAAAGAGACACCAAAACCCCUCUCUGAGUCGUAUUUGUUACAAGAUGAACAGAGCAUUGACAUUUCCAGUGAAAAGGUGAAUAAUGAUGCUGCUGGAAGGUCUUCUACUAGUAAAGAGGAUAAGAGAACUUCUGAAGAUGAAAAAAAAAUAUUUGACCUAAUAGAAGUUAUCCAUGCUGCUGAAAAAAAGCAAGCUGAAUCAGAUGCCUCCAUCUUUGCUGAGGAAAAAAGAAUCCUGAAGGAGAAGUAUGAAAAGGAACUAAAGGAUGCUAGGGCACGGGAACUGAUGUAUGCAGAAGAGGCUGCAAUUUUGGACAAGGAAUUAAGCAAAGUGAAGGCAAAAGCAGCAGCUGCAAUCAAAUCAAUUGAGGAAAAAGCUGAAAACAAUCUUCGGGGAGAAUUACAGAGAAAGGAUGAGGAAUUUGACAUGCAGCUUAAGAAAGUUACAGAGUUAGCAAAAGCAGAAUUAGCUGCAGCUAUUGCAAAGGAGAAAUCAUCUCAGAUAGAAAAAAUUGCUGAAGCAAACUUAAAUAUAAACGCGUUGUGCUUAGCGUUCUAUGCAAGAUCUGAAGAAGCACGCCAGACUCAUUCCAUUCACAAGCUUGCUUUGGGAACACUUGCUUUAGAAGAUGCUCUAUCUAGAGGAUUGCCAAUUCAAUCUGAGGUUGUUGCAUUGCUCAAGUCACUUGAAGGCAUUGAUAAAGAUUCACUUUUACAAGUGGCACUUUCAUCCCUUCCAGAAGAAAUAUUGGAUAAUGGAGCAAACACUCAGAUGCAACUAAAUGAAAAGUUUGAGUCCCUCAAGGGUAUCUUGCGGCAUUUCAGCCUUAUUCCAGCCGGUGGUGGUGGUAUCCUUGCUCAUCUUGUGGCUGACAUUGCAUCUUCAUUAAAGAUGAAAGAACAGUCUGGAGAUGGAAUUGAGUCUAUCAUCAGUAGAGUUGAGAACCUGUUGGUGGAUGGCAAUUUCACAGAAGCAGCAGAUGUCUUGGAAGAAGGGGUUCAUGGCAGUGAAGCCAAAGAAGUUGUUGCUGAAUGGGCGAGACAUGCAAGGAACCGUGCUGUUGCUGAGCAAGCCCUGUCUCUUCUUCACUCAUAUGCUCUGUCUGUCACGUUUUCCUAGUUUUGACAUGGUUUAUUCCACUACGAUUUCAAGAGGUAUCCUUGUUCUGAUCCCUACCCGACGCAAAUUACUCUUGAAGCUACCAAUUUGUUGGUAUGAACAUAUAAACCUGUCAGCCUAGGUUUUCUCAUUGAGUCAGGCACCAUAACACUCAAAAUAAAAGAGAAGCGAUUUUUGUAUGAGAUCUCUUGUAUGGGCUCUCGACCAUUUUGUAGCAGUUUAUAGCUCAAAAACAUCCCAAUUAUAAAAGUACAAGUACACAUGUUACAUGUAUUCUAUUAUCUGAGGUUGUACGACCUGAAAUUUCACUUAUAUGAUAAUUGAUUUUGAUCAA